AUGGGGAAUGAGGCCAGUUACCCGGAGGAGAUGUGCUCCAGCUUUGACCAAGAUGAGAUCAAAAGGCUGAGCAAGAGGUUUAAGAAGCUGGCCUUGGACGGCUCGGGCGCGCUGAGCGUGAAGGAGUCUGUGCGCCUGCCUGAGCUGUGGCAGAGCCCACUGGUGCAGCGAGGGUUCAGCAUCUUCGGCACGGACAGCCACGGCGAGGUGGACUUCAAGGAGUUCAUCCUGGGGACCUCCCAGUUCAGCGUCAAGGGGGAUGAGGAGCAGAAGCUGAGGUCUGCUUUUAGCGUCUACGACAUGGAUAAGGACGGCUACAUCUCCAACGGCAAGCUCUUCCCGGUGCUGAAAAUGAUGGUCGGGGACAAUCUGCAGGACUGGCAGUUACAGCAGAUCUCAGACAGAUCCAGCAUCACCCUGGACACCGACGGCGACGGGAAAAUCUCCUUCGAGGAAUUCAGUGCCGUGGUGGGAGGCCUGGAGAUCCACAAGAAGCUGGUGGUAAUUGUUUGA